AUGCGCCCUGAUAAGCCUCGUGAUACUGUUGCUGGGCCCGAUAUGGGCCCGGAAGCUCCAUUUCCUGUGCGCUUGUCUGGCCCGGUGAUUAAAGGUUUCGGGCGAGGGAGUAAGGAUCUAGGGAUCCCAACUGCCAAUAUUCCCGCCGAUGACCUCUCCGAGAAGCAUCCUGACCUGACAUCGGGCGUAUACUACGGCGUGGUCGCGCUGGACCCCAAGAAAUAUGGGCACGAGAAGGGAUCAACAGACGCAGCCCAUAAAUUGUCAUCUGCUACUCUUCUCCCCGCAGUGUUGAGCAUAGGGUAUAACCCGUUUUAUAAGAACACCGUACGGUCGGUGGAGAUCCAUAUCAUGCCUCCUCUCACUCAGCCUUCCCCCACAGCUGUCCCGCAACCCAAAUUCAAUCGCCUCCCGGAUUUCUAUGGUACACAGCUAAACCUGGUCAUUCUCGGAUAUAUUCGGCCAGAGUACGAUUACGUCUCACUAGACGCUUUGAUUGAGGAUAUCCGAAUUGACUGCGAGGUUGCACGACAAAGCCUCUUGCGUGAGGCGUACCAGCGCUACCUGGUUGAUGACGGAAACUUGCCGAUGAAAGUAAAUGAAGAUCGAAAAUGGUUGACAAGCUUUGGUGACGUGAGCGCAAAUAUUUAA